CAAUCGGAGAACAGGCGGUAAAGUCCGGCGGAGGAGAGCAUCGUUUCCACGGCUUCACAAGGAAUAUUGACCUGCAGCCCACUGCGAAGAUGGCAUCUGCUGAAGACAUCCAGGUUAAGGAGCUCGACAAGCGGGCCUCCGGCCAGGCCUUUGAGGUUAUCCUGGCUGCUCCUACCCCAGAUGCCAAGGGUGAGUUCCCCCUUUCUCCCCCCAAGAAGAAGGAUGUUUCGCUGGAGGAGAUCCAGAGGAAGCUUGACGCUGCGGAGGAAAGGCGUAAGAAUCAUGAAGCGGAGGUUCUGAAGCACUUAGCCGAGAAGCGUGAGCAUGAAAAGGAAGUGCUGCAGAAGGCCAUGGAGGAGAACAACAACUUCAGCAAGAUGGCAGAGGAGAAGCUCAAUCAGAAGAUGGAAGCCAAUAAAGAGAAUCGCACAGCAAUUAUGGCGGCAAUGAAUGAGAAGUUUAAGGAAAAGGACAAGAAACUGGAAGAAGUGCGAAAGAACAAGGAAACCAAAGACGGCACCUCGGAAGACUGAGCUGUACAAAUGGGGAAAUUGUAUAGGGUUUUUUACGUAUCCAAAGAUUUAUUUUUUGGUUCAGCCAGUAUUUUGUGUUCACUACCCACCAUUUUUGAAAUAACAAGUUCCACUUUGUGAAUUUUUAAUUCUCUUGCUAUAAGUGUACUUGAGCUGGUUUAACAUGUGAAAUUUGCCCCGCUCCCCGAGUCUAAUACAUAAGUUAUGUAGCUUGUCAUUGCAGCCUCUGCACUUCAAGUUAGCAGUGUGUACUUACCCUUUUCGAGGAAGCAUGUGUAUAGGUCUUUUUAUCCUUGCCAGUUUGUGUGCUUUAGAAAUGUUCUUGUGAACCACAACCUGUUCCUGGCACUUAAGUAGCACACAGCUGGAUGGGGCUGUUAGCUGUUUUAGAUGCAGGUGUUAGUGCAGCUUUGCUACCCAGAAUGUCAGUUUUGCUCUCUAGACUCAUGCUUGUGCUGCUGCGGAGUUUUGCUUUUGUAAAUUAUGGGGGUCGUCUCAAAGCACAUAAUGUCUUGCAGUAUAGCUGUGAAUUAACUUUUGCCAGUAACUGGAUGCCAUCUUGGACAUCACUGGAAGAGGGGGUCUACACACGGAAUGCAAAAACAACAACACCACACUGGCAUCACAAUACGGUAUAUAGUUGACUGGAACUGUUGUACUAAAAUAAACAUUUUAAAUGGUA